GUGGGUCCCGGAGUCCUUGCACGCCUGUUCUGUCCUUGUUCGGCCUAGCCCAGCCUCACCAUGGUGGACGCCUUCGUAGGCACCUGGAAGCUAGUGGACAGCAAGAAUUUCGAUGACUACAUGAAGUCACUCGGUGUGGGUUUUGCUACCAGGCAGGUGGCCAGCAUGACCAAGCCUACCACAAUCAUCGAAAUGAAUGGGGACACUAUCAUCGUAAAAACACACAGCACCUUCAAGAACACAGAGAUCAGCUUCAAGCUAGGGGUGGAGUUCGAUGAGACAACAGCAGACGACAGGAAGGUCAAGUCCACCGUGACGCUGGAUGGAGGCAAACUUGUCCACGUGCAGAAGUGGGACGGGCAAGAGACAACACUUGUGCGGGAGCUAGUUGAUGGGAAACUUAUCUUGACACUCACCCAUGGAAAUGCAGUUUGCACUCGUACUUACGAGAAAGAGGCAUGACCUGCCCACUCCUUCACUGUCUGCUCCUCUGCCAGUCGGCUAGCCCUGGACUCAGCACCAGAUUGCCUCAUUUUUUCCUCCGGCAUUUUGUAUAAAUCCACCUUGGUUGAGUUGGGGAAAUACGUCUGGGGUCAGGUGGCACCAGCCUGGGUCCACUUCCGGCUCCCAUUGUGUAUGUUUGUUUUUUAACUGCAUCCAGAGGGUGCUCUAAGGUCAAUAAAGCAGAGCCAAGGUCACCA